AUGGCUACCACCCCAAAGCAAGACAAAUCGGGCUGGGAAUCCAGGGAUAUUGCCAAAGCAUACUCAUCAGCAGAGGCUGUCACAGGCCCGUACGCGCAGGAUCUGCUUGACCGUACGAUCUUGCCCGACGUCGACAGCGACAAGAGACUGGUUGUCCUCGACCUAGCCUGCGGCACUGGUGUUAUAUCGGCCAAACUGAUGGACAUGAUAAGCCAGAACAAGAGCAAUAACAGCGGCGAUGGAGAAAACGUGAAGGACACACCCCCCAUGACGAGACCGACCCUGAGCCUGACGUGCACCGACUUCUCCGACGCAAUGAUCGAUGCCGUCACCCUCCGCAUCAAGAAUUGUGGGUGGCCAAACACCAAAGCCAUCAAAUCUGACGCCAUGGACACCAAGCUUCCUAGUGCCGAGUACACGCAUGUGCUGAUGAACUUUGGCCCGUUUGUCUUGCCGGACUGGCUGGCCGGGCUUCGUGAAAUGCACCGCAUGCUGCAGCCCGGUGGGAUAUUGGGCUUCUCGUCGUGGAAGAAGGUCGGGUGGUAUGCCGACGUACGUGCCGCAUUGGAAACGGACCCCGAGCUCCCCGCUAUCACGCUCAACGAAGGCAUGCGCGGUCUAAUGACUCCCGACGGACAUUGGGAUGAUGAGGAGUGGGUCAAGCUGACAGUCCAAAAGGCCGGAUUCGAGGAUGUUACCGUGGAAGCCAACCCAUAUACAGGCACGAUGGGUAAUGUUGACGAGUUCUUGGUCCUCAUGGGAGGCGUGCUGGGCUUUGUCACCAAGGCUUGGACCAAGGAACAGCAGGACAGAUAUUUCGACCGAGCAAAGGCCGUCGUCGAGAAAUACCUGAGACAUAAGUACAACGAUGGCGGGAUCAGAUGGAACUGGGUUGCUAUCCUCACCACAGCGAAGAAGCCAACAUGA